GCCGUUCCGCCCCCUCGGCAGCCGCCGCCGCUGCCGCCACAGCAGCUACCUCCGCGAGUGUCGGUGGAGCUUCGGGCCGCCGCAGGCUCGGGUGCCGAAUCGCACCGGCCGGAGCAGCCAGACCAGGCCCGGGGUGCCGCUCGCCGUGAUCCCGUCGCCCGAUGUCCUCAAGAUGGAGGCAGCGGAGGCGACGGCGUGAAGAAAGCGGCGCCGUAGGCUAGGGUGCAGGGGUCGGGGCGGCCCGGGCGGAGGCGGUGGCGGGAUGGGGCUGCUGCUCAUGAUCCUGGCGUCGGCGGUGCUGGGCUCCUUCCUCACGCUCCUCGCCCAGUUCUUGCUGCUCUACCGCAAACAGCCGGAGCCGCCGCUAGAAGAGGCAGCCAGCUCGGGCGACGACUUCCGCUACAUCAAGCCGGUGCCGGGCCUGGCGCUGAGGGAGUACCUUUAUGGCGGCGGCGGGGGUGAGGAACCCUCAGGCGGGUCCCCCGAGGGCGGUGCGACUCCGACCCCGGCCCCCGAGACUCCCACCCCGCCGACGCGGGAGACCUGCUACUUCCUCAACGCCACCAUCCUGUUCCUGUUCCGGGAGCUGCGGGACACCGCGCUGGCCCGCCGCUGGGUCACCAAGAAGAUCAAGGUGGAAUUCGAGGAGCUGCUGCAGACCAAGACGGCCGGGCGCCUGCUGGAGGGGCUGAGCCUGCGGGACGUGUUCCUGGGCGAGGCUGUGCCCUUUAUCAAGACCGUCCGGCUCGUUCGGCCGGUGGUGCCCUCGGCCAACGGGGAGCCCGACGGCCCCGAGGGGGAGGCGCUGCCCGCCACCUCCCCGGAGGAGCUGGCCUUCGAAGCGGAGGUGGAAUACAACGGGGGCUUCCACUUGGCCAUAGACGUGGACUUGGUCUUCGGCAAGUCCGCCUACCUGUUCGUCAAGCUGUCCCGGGUGGUGGGGAGGCUGCGUUUGGUCUUCACUCGUGUGCCCUUCACCCACUGGUUCUUCUCCUUCGUGGAGGACCCGCUGAUUGACUUCGAAGUGCGCUCCCAGUUUGAAGGACGACCCAUGCCCCAGCUCACCUCCAUCAUUGUCAACCAGCUCAAGAAAGUCAUCAAGCGCAAGCACACCCUCCCGAGUUACAAGAUCAGGUUUAAGCCAUUUUUUCCAUUCCAAACCUUGCAAGGAUUUGAAGAAGAUGAAGAAGAGCAUAUCCAUAUACAACAAUGGGCACUUACUGAAGGUCGCCUUAAAGUUACGUUGUUAGAAUGUAGCAGGUUACUCAUUUUUGGAUCCUAUGACAGAGAGGCAACUAUUCAUUGUACACUUGAGUUGAGCAGUGGUGUUUGGGAAGAAAAACAGCGAAGUUCUAUUAAGACGGUUGAAUUAAUAAAGGGGAAUUUACAAAGCGUUGGACUUACACUUCGUCUUGUCCAGUCAACUGACGGGUAUGCUGGGCAUGUCGUAAUUGAGACUGUGGCCCCAAACUCGCCUGCUGCAAUUGCAGACCUUCAACGGGGAGAUCGACUGAUUGCUAUUGGAGGUGUGAAAAUCACAUCUACGCUGCAAGUGUUGAGGCUUAUCAAGCAGGCUGGUGGCCGGGUGCUGGUUUUUUAUGAAAGGCCCGUUGGCCAGAGGAGUCAGGGUGCAGGGCUGCAAGAUAACUUUGGACAGUUGGAGGAAAACUUUCUGUCCAGCUCCUGCCAGCCAAAUUAUGAAGAGGAAACAACUGGGUUGGCAGCAGAUGCUGAAAAUAGAGACCUGGAUUCUGAAUUUGAAGACUUGGCAAGUGAUGUCAGAGUACAAAAUGAGUUCAGAGAUGAGGCUCAGGCAUUAAGUCACAGCCCCAAGCGUACUCCAACGACACUUUCUCUUAAGCCCGUUGGAACUGUAUCACCAGUUUUAAAUCGUAAAUUACUUGCAGGCAGUCACCCACCACCACCAAAACUUCCACCCAAAGAAGGAAAUAAACCCUCAGUCCUAAAACCUUCUGAUGCCACAGAUCCAGCACCAGUGUCAAAACCCACCCAGGGAUCCACUGUCAAACCACCCGUGCCACCACGGCCACAAGUCAAAGUUCCUCUGCCUUCUGCUGAUGUCCCAAACCAGGCAGAACUAGAUGUUCUCGUUGAGAAGCCAGAAAAGGUGCUGCCUCUUCCUCCUGCAGAUAAACCUGCUGAAAAGCAAGCGAAAAAUAUGGAUCACAUAGAAGAUGCAGCUGCAUCUAAGCCAUUUUUAGCAAAGCAAGAAUUUGCAAAAGAUUUUACUUCAGAAAGUUCCUGCCCUCCUAAGGACAAUUCGGAUGACCCUCAGACAUGGGAAUCAUCUGAAAUUCCAUAUCGUAAUAAGCUAGGAAAAUGGACAAGAACCAAAGCAACCUGUGUCUUUGACAUAGAAGCCUGCCACCGAUACUUAAACAUUGCACUGUGGUGCAGGGACCCUUUUAAGUUAGGGGGUCUCAUCUGUUUGGGUCACGUCAGCCUAAAGCUGGAAGAGGUGGCUCUAGGAUGCCUAGCCACAUCAAAUAUGGAAUACCUUUCAAAAUUCAGACUGGAAGCCCCGUCACCUAAGGCUAUGGUCACGAGAACCGCGCUGCGCAAUCUGAGUAUGCAAAAGGGAUUCAAUGACAAGUUUUGCUUUGGUGACAUUACUGUUCACUUCAAAUAUUUGAAAGAAGGCGAACCAGACCACCAUACAGUUACUAACUUAGAGAAAGAAAAAGAACUCCAUUUGGUCGAAGAGGUGUCUGCCCUGCCUAAAGAGGAGCACUUUGUUGGACAGAUGAGUUUAACAGAAAAUAAACAUAGUUUCCAGGAUACUCAGUUCCAGAACCCAACUUGGUGUGAUUACUGCAAGAAAAAAGUCUGGACUAAAGCUGCUUCCCAGUGUAUGUUCUGUGCCUAUGUUUGCCAUAAAAAAUGUCAGGAAAAGUGUCUAGCCGAGACUCCUCUUUGUGGAGCAGCUGACAAGCGGAUAGACCAGAGCCUGAAAAACUUCAGGCUGGAAGGACAAGAAACUUUCUUAGGCCUGCCUCCUCGCGUUGAUGCCGAAGCUAGCAAGUCAGUCAAUAAAACAACAGGUUUGACAAGGCAUAUUAUCAACACUAGCUCUCGUUUGUUAAAUUUGCGUCAAGUCUCUAAAACUCGUCUUUCUGAACCAGGAACUGAUCUCGUAGAACCUUCACCAAAACACACGCCUAACACAUCUGACAAUGAAGGCAGUGACACAGAGGUCUGUGGCCCAAACAGUCCUUCUAAGCGGGGAAACAACACAGGAAUAAAGUUAGUGAGAAAAGAGGGUGGUCUGGAUGACAGUGUUUUCAUUGCAGUAAAGGAAAUUGGUCGUGAUCUGUAUAGGGGUUUGCCUACAGAAGAAAGGAUCCAGAAACUAGAGUUCAUGCUGGAUAAACUACAGAAUGAAAUUGAUCAGGAGUUGGAACAUAAUAAUUCCCUUGUGAGAGAAGAGAAAGAGACAACUGAUACGAGGAAAAAAUCACUUCUUUCUGCUGCUUUGGCUAAAUCAGGUGAAAGACUACAAGCUCUAACCCUUCUUAUGAUCCAUUACAGAGCAGGCAUUGAAGAUAUCGAAUCUUUAGAAAGUCUGUCUUUAGACCACUCCAAAAAAAUGAACAAGUACACAGAUGAUACAGAAGAAGACCUUGAUAAUGAAAUAACCCAACUGAUAGACUCUCAACCAUUCAGCAGCAUGUCAGAUGACUUAUUUGGCCCAUCUGAGUCUGUGUAACAGCCUAUUUAACUUACAAGUGAUUUGGGGAGAGUUGUACCUACAGUACCACAGAUACAACCAUGUUUAAGCCCUCUUAGAAUGCACUUUGGCCUGCUUCUCCACAGUGAUUUGCUUGUGUAAAGACAAGAAUGAAAAAGGUGAUUUUCCAGCAAAAUCAUGACCAGCUCACUGAUUGGUUGUUUCUGAUUGCAUUGAUAGCUAUGCCUUUUGGGUUUAUACUGGGAAUUUAUUUUUACUAAUUUAUUUUUAACUUUUUCUAUUUAUGUCAUUAGGUAAGCUAACUUUUCAUGUUUAUGUGUGAUGUCUCAUUGUGUUAUUUUCCUUCCUUAGUUUGUGAAUUAGUGUUAAAUAAGAUACUGCCCAGACUCGUCAAAUAAUUUCAUAUCCAUCAUGGUUGUAACAACAGAUUUGCUGCAUGCCCAAAUUGACAAAAGCAAGCAUCAAGGAAACAGGUUUUGAAUCUUUGCGUGAUAAAAGUUGUGUCUACUUGCUUGAUAUUUUGUUAUUUUGGGGUGUUUUUGCCAAAUGUAACUAACACAAACGCAAUGCUGCAGCUCUAGACAGUUAUGCUGGCUUAGUAGAAAAAAAAAUACUGCCUGCUUCUGUGAAAUUUCUUUCUAGUUUUGGUGCAGUUUUAAUGAGAAUCCAAUGAUUAAUUUGAGGAGCUUGUACUGAAAAACAAAAUAGAAUUAGAGAAAGAAUGCAGUUUGUCAAGAAUUUCAUAGAGGAUAACAAGAUUACUAAAAAGAUGUAAUCAGUAGAAUUUUGAAAUAGAAUCUUUCAAAAUGUUGAUGUUUUCCUUUUAAAUGGAAGUUCUGAACAUUACAGUGAUCAUUCAUCUUAGUUCUCCCAAAGGAAAUAAAGCUUGUGCAAGGG